AUGUGGAAAUCCGGCGUGGGCAUUUGGGUGGGCGAAGACGUGCUGACUAGGAAGAAGCGUUUCAUGUGCGGCUUGCUGGAGGUCCCGCUUCAGAUGUGGAAAUCCGGCGUGGGCAUUUGGGUGGGCGAAGACGUGCUGACUAGGAAGAAGCGUUUCAUGUGCGGCUUCUGCGCCGAAUACUCGAGCACCAACUCCUGGAACGUUCGCGUGCACGUCCGCAAGCACACCGGCGAGAAACCCUACGGUUGCAGGAUUUGCGGACACAUGUUUUCCUACAAAAUGGCGCUCGUGCGCCAUAUGGAGGUGGCUCACGACAUCAAUUCGGGCGUUGAUGAAGAACCCUUGGUGGAAUGGCGUCCGGGAGCCAACGUGUUGAAGGGCACGGACGUGGAGACCCGGCGAACCCGCUUUCUCUGCGGCCUGUGCAUGAACUACUCCAGCUUGAACUCGUCCAAUGUGCGGGUACACGUGAUGCGUCACACGGGGGAGCGACCGUUUCAGUGCUCCGUGUGUGGCCGAGGGUUCAUUCAACGCAAUGUCAUGACCUUCCAUAUGCGCCAGUCCCACGGGUUGUCCAGGAACGAGCGCUGGUCUCCCACCCGAAAUGUUGCGGCUUUGUGA